CACACAUUAGUUGUCUAUAUGUACCCUGUAGAACCGAAUUUGUGUGAAGUAAAAGCAAUCGCAAAUACGUCUCUACAGGAAUACAUGGGCAACUGAAAUACCACGCCAAGCCAAUGGACUCUUCCUCUGCUGCUUCUUGCUCCUCUUCACUGCUUUUUUUUUCUCCUCUCCUGCUAUUGAAUAUCCAAGCAUCAGUGAUAUAUAUAUAUAUAUAUAUAUACACAUGCAUGGGCUCUAGCAAUGCACUAACAUUGUCACAAAGUGUAUUCAUAGUCCAGACAGCCGUAGAUUGUGUAGGUAGGCCGCAGAGAGCAAACCCAUGUGUGCAGACAGUGCGCAUGGAGGCUACUACUGUGGCAGACCCUGUAAAACACGUUAGGAACCAAGGGGUCGUUUAAAAGUGACUGAUUUACGGCUUUUAUUGCUCUAUAAAACGCCUCUAACAUCCUCGCAAGGGGUAAUAGAAAUGUCGUGCGCAUUCUGUACAAACAGGACAGCCAGAGAUGCCAUUUCACGUCUCGUUUUUAGCCAUAUUAUGUAAUUAUUGCUGUGAAAAUAGAUACAUCAGUUAACUUGCAAUGUGCUGCUUUUUGACCCCAUAGAUUGACUUGUGUGCUAGUUCUGUUCAGGGCUUUAUGUCUCUUCAAGUGGGAGCCUAUGACUUUAUUAUUAUUAUUAUUAUUAUUAUUAUUAUUAUUAUUAUUAUGGUAUUUUCCUUCUUUUUUCUACUUGUUCUUGCUGUUGAUGCCCCCACAACUAGGCUAUCAUAACAUUAAAGAAGAAGAAGAAUUAUGUGUGGUUUGGGUGUUGUUGGGAGGCUGCUAUAAGCUAUUAGGGAGUUAAGCUCUCUCUCUUUGACCACAGCUGACUCUGAGAUAAGAAUGGGAGGCACACAGCACAUGACAAGUUUACACAGCCAGGCAGGAUCAGUUUACAUUGUAAGAGCAGACCUCCAGUAAUGUGGCUGACGGACAGUGCUGCAGCCAGGAAUAGUUUGGAACAUGUGGAGGCAGCAACACUGAAAUAUUAUUGUGAUUUUUGUAUUUUUUUUAAACAUAUUUGGAACAAGUUGGACUAUAGUUUUAGGGUAUUAUAAACAUGUUUUUGUGUAAAUCAUCUGCCUUUAUUUCUGUACAUAUAGAGCUAUAGCAGUAUUGCAUUCUUCAAAUUCUUCCUCUCAGCAUUUUCUUUCAUAACAUAUGGGUUGUAGCUGUUGCACACACAGAUUCAGUUGAUUUACAUGUUUUCUUAUUUAAGGCCAUAACAGAGGUCACAGCAUGUCUUGCAAGUAAAAGAUGUUGACUUUUCAAUGUUGUUAAAACAGAGAACCACAAGGAGAUGGAAAGAAUACAGUCAAGAGCAGCAUUUUUGUUGGAAAAAAGCCCAAGUAGUGUAAAAGAAUUUGGUGAAUUCAGUUGUACUUUUUGGUGAAUGCAUCUCUGAGCAGGACUGCCCUGCAUGUGGGAGGGCUCUUCAGUUUUGAUGUGAGGGAGUAGCUGCUCCAAACUGCUCUUACACUCUCCGCUCUGCCACUUCUCUGUGACACAAUACGACUCCUCUGCAAGUUUAAGUCAGCAGAUCCUAAUGCUCUGAGACUCUCUGGUCUGUGACACCAUAUAACGGAUAUUGGUCCUCUGUGACAUCAUGAUGCUUGUGUUUCUAUGCUGACUGGUCUGUGACAUCAUGAUGAUGAUGAUGCUGCUCUGCACAGUUGUCAGGUUUGGCUGCUCUGUGAUUUCAUAGAUUUCAAAGUAUGGAGUUAGUUUGGUCUGGCUGGCUGCUCCACUGCUGUCUGAUUUGUGACGUCAUUGUAGUAGUAUGACAUUUCUCUACUUGUUCUCUGCUGUUUUGUUGGUGUCAUCACAAUGCUUGUAAUGAUAUUUGAAUGUGCAUAUUGAACGCUUUUGUUACCUAUAGUAUCUUUACUUUAUUUAAAGUCAAAGGUUUUUCUACUUUAUAUACUUUUAGUGUUUUAUACUGUAGACUAAAGGGACACCAUGACUUUUCUUUAUUCUUAUCAUCUUAUUUGCUUUAUUACAAAGCACCCUACACCGUUGGUUCCAGCAGAUUUCAGCUGCUUUGACAUUCAAAGCAUCCUCUUAACGUACAAUGCCUGACAGCUUCAAUCAGGGCCCAGUUUUUAAUGCUAUCCUCACCAAUGUCCAAUUAUAAGUUGAAGGCCGAAGCCUUUUUAAUGAAUAGCCUGGGGAAGAAAAGGGAUAUCAUUUAAAAAAAAUAGACAAAUAUCUCAUCAUUGAGUGAAGGCUUUUGUUUAAGCAGCCUGACUCUCCCUGUCCACCUUCCCUCCAAUGUUAUAAAUGAUCAGGCCUACUUUCAAAAAUCAACCACACCUCCAGAGCAUCUCACUAUACUCCUCCAGUCCUCUCUGACAUUUAGAUUCACAACAUACCUAUUAAAUAUUAUAGUGCUUGAAAUGCUUUCAGGGAUAUAUCAUCUUACCAAAGUGAUAAUUCUUUAAGCGUAUUAAUGGGAGUGUAAUCUGUUUUACAGCUGAGGUGCUGUUGGUAAAAGACUGUGCCUUCAUUAAUUAGCAGAUAACCUUUAUAUAUAUUAUAUAUAUAUACAUAUAUAAGGCGUGCAGGCUAACAAAAUGAUUGGUUUGCUAUUGUUGUGCCUUAUCCUUGGCGAAUCACCUAUUGUCCCUUUGAAUAAUUGAGACCAGUGGAUUUUGCCUGUUUUAUUUUUUCCUUGGUCAGCAACUAAGCUACUAGUUUUGUCCCCAAGAUCAAUUGCCUUGGUAACACAACCAGAGAGAGAGAGAGAGGAUGAGAGAGAGAAAGAGAGAGAGAGAUUUGUGCCCACAAUGGCGACUGUAGGUAUGCUAAAUACCUCUUGGUUCCUUAUCCGGGAACUACCUCUUCCUCUGCUAUUGGGCCACUGGGUCACGUGGUAAAAGUAACUUUACAAGGGCUGCUCGCAAGUAGGAGGGCUUUAUGGAGCAGAAAAACGACAAAGCUAGAAAAAUUAUUUUCCACUCCAGAAAUUAAUGAUCAUGAGCUCGUAUUUGAUGGAGUCUAACUACAUUGAUCCGAAAUUUCCUCCAUGCGAGGAAUAUUCGCAAAAUAACUACAUCCCCGAGCACAGUCCAGAGUAUUACAGCCAGCGCGCUGUAAGGGAGACUGGCUUCCAGCAUCACCACCAGGAGUUAUAUCCUCCUCCUCCUCUUCCUCCUCCGCGGGCGAGCUACCAGGAGCGCCAGUAUAACUGUGCAAGCAUCCCUGAACCUGACACUGCACGGGGACAUGGAGUACCCCAUUCUGCGCACCUGCUGACAGGCAAAGGGCAACCUGCAUCAUGUGAAACCCCACAGUUGUCCAUGUCCCCUGCAACCCCACCGGCUGCAACGUCCGCCUGCAACCAAGCCACCCCGGAGCACCCAAACAGCUCAGCCUCCUCCUCCAAGCAGCAGCCAGUGGUGUACCCGUGGAUGAAGAAAAUUCAUGUCAGCACUGUGAACCCGGGUUACAAUGGAGCAGAGCCCAAGCGGUCUAGGACAGCCUACACCCGGCAGCAGGUCUUAGAAUUGGAGAAGGAGUUCCACUAUAAUCGGUAUUUAACGCGGCGGAGGCGCAUCGAGAUCGCACACACCCUGGUUCUCUCCGAGCGACAGAUUAAAAUCUGGUUUCAAAACCGCAGGAUGAAAUGGAAAAAGGAUCACAGGCUCCCGAACACCAAAGUGAGAUCCUCCUCUUCCUCCACCUCCACCACCACUGGGUCCAACACAACAAGCUCUGCAGCCGGCUCUGGUGCCUCUGCGUCGGCCACUAACACUGGGGCCCCCGAUGAACUCUCCGGAGCACAGCAUGGCGAGGAUAUUACCAGGUUAUAAAAAACCACCAGCAAAAAGGGGGCGAGAGAAAAAAAGAACUUGUUAUUUAUAGAACAAUUAUAUAUUUUGUUUUUCGUAGCUAUCUUGUGCGGUUUUCCUUUAAAAGUCCAAAAGUUAUAUAAAAAUGCAUGUUAUAUAGCAUGGAUUACUGCGAAUACCGAUGAAUUAUUUUUAACGUGACAACAGGGUUUAAUUUAUUUGAAGCUCAAUUAAAAAUGUUUUUUAUUAUAAAAAGAAAAAUGUUUUGAAUGAAGGAAAAAAAAAAGUAGAAAAAAAUAUACAUUUUAUUAAAAAAAUGUUAUUGUGGGCUAUUCUUUUUGCCCAAUAAGGUGAAAUGCACAAUCUAUUUAUUUCAAACAAACACUGGAAGGAAAUCAAUAUAAUAAUAGUUAUUUUUGGUAUAUAAAAAAAAACAACAACACACACAUAUAUUGAUCUUGAACUUGUAUGUUUUGGAUAAUAAUAAUGUGUGAAAUUACCUCGUGUAUUUCAGAAACAGGAUUUUUUGAUUUACAAAUUUUAGUUUCGUGGUUGUUGAUGUUGUGUUUUUAGACCGUUAAAAAGCAGAUUAUUGUGAAAUGCAAUAAACGGAGUGUAGUGUAUACUUGUGCUAAUCAUAUUGGUCAAUAAAACAGUGAGUGUCUACUAGUUUUA